GGAAUCCUGUUAGAAUGUCACACUUUAAUUUUGAGAACCUGUUGAGUGAGGCAACCAAACUUGAUGCACCUUUGCAGCACGGGCCAAAAAGUAGAUAUGAAAGGAAGGCCAUUGAGUCUUUAUUGAGAGGACAGAAAGGAUCAGAUUCCAGCACAGGGCUCUCACCGAGACCCAAAUCAAGUGAAAAUUCAGGAAAAGCUGGUAAAACUGUCUCUGUUUCCAAAACACCAGGAAAAUAUGAAAAGAUUUCAAAACAGAAAGGAAAGACACCAAGCAAAACCCCCAACAAACAAUCAGGACCAGACAGGUUUAUACCAAGCCGUUCUUCUCAAGAUAUUGAUCUCAGCCAUUUUGCAAUAAUGAAAGAAAAGGGAGAAAAUGAAGAAAAUGACCCUGACUGGUCCCCAUCUAAAGCUCCGUAUCAGACUCAGCUGAAUGAUGUACUGAACAAGGGAGAGAAUCCACAGGAUACAAAAAUUCUGUCGCUACACAACAAAUGUCCAGCUGCCACAGGCCACAACAACAGAAUGAAAGUUUUGUAUUCAUGUCACAAAACAACGGCCCCCAAGUCCACAACUCGUAACAUACCACAGCAACCUGAUCGCAUUUUGGAUGCUCCUGAACUUUUGGAUGACUAUUAUCUGAAUCUGUUAGACUGGUCGACAUCAAAUAUUUUAGCUGUUGCCUUGGGAACUUCAAUCUACCUUUGGAAUGCAACAACAUGUACCAUCUCCCAACUCCUGAAUAUGCAGUCUGAAAAUGAUUACAUAACAGGGCUGUCCUGGACCCCCGAGGGAGGAAUUCUAGCUGUGGGGACAAAUUCUGGGGCUGUACAGCUAUGGGACACGGAGGCUGAGAAACUCCUGAGACAGAUGACUGGUCAUGCAGCUAGAGUUGGCUCUUUAUCCUGGAAUUCUCAUAUUGUCAGCAGUGGAUCAAGAUCUGGAGCUAUUCAUCACCAUGACGUACGCGUUCCUGAACAUCAUGUUGGCUCUUUGAUUGAGCACACCCAGGAAAUAUGUGGCUUAACCUGGUCACCAGAUGGACGCCACUUGGCAAGCGGCGGCAAUGAUAAUGUGGUCAAUGUAUGGGACACCACCUUAGCAUUGGAGGGUGUUUUACCUCUUCAGACAUUCACACAUCAUCUUGCUGCAGUAAAGGCUUUAGCGUGGUGUCCUUGGAACCCAGUGUUGCUGGCCUCUGGAGGAGGAACUGCAGAUAGACACAUCAGACUGUGGAACAUCUCCAAUGGGGCGUGUAUAAAUGCCAUAGACACAAACUCACAGGUUUGUUCUAUACUGUGGUCCAGUGACUACAAAGAAAUGAUUUCGGGUCAUGGCUAUUCCCAGAACCAGCUGACCAUAUGGAAGUACCCUCAGAUGAACAGAAUUGCUGAGCUGACAGGACAUGAGGCAAGAGUACUGAGCCUGACCAUGUCUCCUUGUGGUACAACAGUGGCCAGUGCAGCCGCAGAUGAGACAAUCAGGUUGUGGAAAUGCUUCGUCAAAGAUAAAGAGAAGGUCAAGAAAACCGCACAGACCAAAUCUGUGAAGGAAACAUUUUCACUGCCUUCCAGCAUACGAUAAUGUAAGACACUGUGGAUGUGGACUUGAAAUGUAUUGAUGUUGACAUCAGAGCUACAGAAAUUUCAUCAAAGGUGAAGUAAAGGUCAAGGUAUUUUACCCAAGUGAAGUUUGCAGAGGAUGUGACUUGCCUGUCGACGAUAAAGCUACUGUAAAUAUGUUUUGUGAAAGAGUAAAAAUAAGACAUUUUGUCAAAGGUGGCUGUCAAAUGAUUGCAAGUUAGAUGGACAGACAAAGUCAUGAUAGUUCUCUCUUGGCUCUCUGCAGAAUGUAUGAAGAUCUUUUAUAUACUGGAUAAAAAAGAGUGGAGGAUGAUCAAAUUGUAUUGUCUUUAACCUUGUUAACUUUGCAAUACAUUCUCAGUUCUACAAUAAUUUUUUUCUAAUAUGGUAUGAGAAAAUACUGUGCUGACAUUUAUAAUGACCAAUCUAAGGGCCUGGAAAACAGCUUAAUAUGGAGAGUCAUCCAAGCUUCCAACACCACUCUUGACCUUAUUUUUCCAGUAUAGCAAAUACAUUUUGAUACAAUGGUGAUUAAUGUAUUAAUAUGAAUACUGAUUCCUCAUAGGAUCUGGGGACAGGAUCAUUGUGCAUGCUUGGUAACAAUAUUUUAAACAAAGAUUAAAUAUUUAGAAUUUGAUCAAUUCUUUUGAAUAUGUAUAUCUUAUCAUAGUUUUUCUAAAUAUGAGGUACAUGUAAGAGUUUUGUUCAAAAUUUUCUUUUUUCAAACACAUGAAAGAAAAGUGAUGAGUGUGUACUUGAACUUUUUCUUUAAAAAUGUUUGUAUAUUAAAUUGAAAACUGUUUCUAUCCAAAACAUAAUCAGGGAAUAUAAAUUUGUAUAUAUACAUGUGUAUGUUUUGUCACACAAAAUUUCAUGAAAUAAAUGAAGAAUAAUUUU